GAGAGAGACAGAGAGCUCAAAGCAGAGAGCUCAUAAAGAAGUGAGAGUCGAGGAAGAGGAAGAGGAAGAGGGUUCGUUCAAAAUAGAGAAAGCCAUAAGAACUCAACAGCUUUGCUGAUGAUCACCCUCCAUCUUUAAGAACAGAUUUACAGAGAACGAAAGAGAGAAAAGUAAAUUCAUCAUCACGAUGAAGUCGUGGAGUCGCCUCUGCUUCCUCGUUCUAGUAAUGUCUUCAGUUUCCAGAGGACAAAAUAAGACAACGAAGGAAGCCGUCUCCAGCCCACCGUCCACGUCCACCGCGCCGCCGACCACCGCUUCUCCUCAGAAUAACACAUCAGCGAACGCAACAGAUGGACAUUCAACAGAGUUUACGACUCAAGAAGAAGGAACUCCGAGCACAGACGACUUGGUUAAUAAUACAUCAGAGGAAGUCAACGGCAGCAGCGCAGCGGCUCAGACGACGACGACGACACCCUCGGUCAGCACGAAGCAGAGCGGGGGGGACAUUCGCGUUGACGAUGGCGUGAGGAAGACGACGGCCAGCACCUCAUCAACACUAGCACCACCUGGAGGUUCAAGUCAUCCGUCCUGGGGUUAUGUGGUCCUGGCAUUGAUCUUCAUUGUGAUCAUCGUUCUGUGCGUCAUCCUCUUCUUUCUCAGGAGAGUCUCCAGGACGUACUCGUUUGACCUCCAUCGCCAGGCUCCCGCCAACCAUUUCAACGAACCCACCGGCACAUUUGAACCGGUCUACCUGGACGACCUAGAUCAACCAGCCUCUAAAGACCAAGUGACCACCGACGACCUUUCACCUCCUCCGGUAUCCAACGGCACAACUCUACCGCCGGAGGAACGGGGCUCCAAUGGUGAUAGCGCAGCAGCUACACAGGAACCGCCAGAUGCAACCGGUCAGACACCGCCAGACGCCGCCAGUCCCUCACUGGGCGACGACCCGGGCGACCAGACACCGAGCCCGUUGAGCAGUAGUACCAACCUGUUCUUCGAUGUUAUUGGAGAGGAGCAGCAGAACGAAAACAACAACAACCCGUCGGUUCACUCCAGUGACCCGUUCGUUGACAUAAACCUCGAUGAGCCCGUGUGGUGCAAUCAGCUCCUUACCUCCCCUGAAGAUUCAUCCUCUGUCCUCCCCUUCUCUCCUUUCUCCUUCUCCUCCUCUUCCUCCUCCUCUUCCUCUUCUUAGCACCCAUAACGAUGACCCCAAGAUUUUUGUCUUGUAUUUGCCCAGCCGAUUUGACUGUUAUCAGGCUAUAAAUAGGCGUUAUCAGUCGCUAUAAGCACCAUAGAUGUGGGUCAGUAGGGGUAUAUCAUCUGAUAGGUUAUAUCAUCUAUUCACAUAGUAGAUCACCAAAAGAAGGUCUAAAAGAAUGCGACAGCGUCCGUAGUAAUUAUGACAGGAGCAGAAGCAGAAGUCAGGCGCUGUAGUAUAGACAGUGUGAAACUCCGUAAGUGGUGGAGGCUUUCACCUAGGAGAAACAAACAAUGUAGUUGUGUUUGCAGUUAUUUUAACCAAAAAAAUUAUGUUUUUCCCUAAACUUAAACGAGCGCUUUUUUUUUGCCUAAACCUAAAUAAGUUGUAGUUUUCUUGCCUAAACAUAAAGAAGUUGUAGUUUUCUUACCAAA